AUGUUACAUCGCGAAAUAUCCACUUCUGAAAGUUCGGUAAAUGAUGCUUCGGCUCAGGCCUCUAAUACUGCUAGUGUCACGCCGUCUACGACAGCCUUGAAUUCGACACAACUUCCGAGCUCGAGCAGUAACAAUUCAGGAACAGCUAUGGUAAAUGUUAUUCUUCAAGGUGUGACAUACCCAGCUCGAGCACUUAUUGAUCCGGCUUCAGAGUCUUCGUUUGUCUCUGAACAUUUUCAAUGUCGCUUGAAACUGUCUACACAUUCGACGAAUGUUAAGGUUUCAGAGGAAACUCCUAAAAAGAAAAUAUUGACACCAUUUGACAAAAUUUGUGAGGAGAAUUACAGGAGAACUACGCGCCGCGACUCCAAUGGCCGUUAUGUAGUGACGCUACCCUUUAAGACGGAAUUCCCUCAAUCGAUCGGUUUAGGCUCCUCUAAACGGAAUGUUACGGCACAGUUUUUGAGAACUGAGUCUUGUCUUUUACGAAAACCGGAGGUCAAAGCUUUAUAUGAUGAGGUUGUUCAGGAGUAUCUUACUCUAAACCAUAUGAAACCAGUGUUGGAUGAGGCUACUCCUCCUUUUCUGUCGUGUUAUCUUCCUCAUCAUCCGGUGAUUAAGCCCGAUUGGAAGACAACUAAAUUGAGAGUAGUAUUUAACGCUUCCAAUCGCACUUCUAAUGACGCUUCUGAAAAAGCAUAUGCUGGUGUGAUUUAUAUUCGUGUAGAGACAUUAGGGCAAGUUCACACUCAUUUACUUUCAUGCAAGACUAAAGUUGCUACGAUUAAAUCAAUUAACUUACCUCGACUGGAGCUUUGUGGAGCGGUUUUAGCUUCGGAACUAUUGAAGACAGUAGUUGGUGAGAUUGAUAUUCCUAUAAAAAAGAUAUAUUGCUGGACAGAUUCUACGAUUGUCCUUUGUUGGCUAAGAAAAACUCCAAGUAAUUGGACUACGUUCUUGGCUAACAGAGUUUGUCGAAUUCAGGAGAAUAUAGGAAAACACAAUUGGUAUCAUAUAAGAUCGGAGGAAAAUCCGGAGGAUUUAGGUAGUCGUGGUGUUUCCCCUUCUGUUCUGGCACAAAGUGAUCUUUGGUGGCAUAGACCUAAAUGGUUGCGAAUGCACAAAUCGUCUUGGGAUAUUAAGGAACUCUCCCUAUUAGAGACCGAUAUGGAAGUUCGCACUGUUAGGACUCAUGCAUCAUUCUUCGUGAAUUACGAGGAUGUGCUUGAUAGAUUUUUAUCUCUAGAUCGAGCUCUUCGCGUUAUAGCAUAUAUGUUUCGGUUUCUCAAUAGAACUCACCCAGCACGAAGAGAUAGUUGUUAUUGUUCUACUACUACAAUAUCGAGUGUUGAGAUAGGACAGGUGAAAUUGCGUCUGGCUAUUUUAGCGCAGAAGGUCCAUUUCCCAAGAGAAUAUCAAGCCCUAAAUUUAGGAAGACCUAUCUCAUCUAAAAGCCCCCUUCUGCCGCUUAAUCCUCGUUUAGACAAGGAUAAUGUUAUGAGGUUAAAUGGUCGCUUGGAAAAGUCUCCGUCAUUGUCCUAUACGGAAAAAUAUCCGAUUAUUUUGCCAUAUUUGUGCCGCUUUACUAGAUUGUUGAUAGAAUUUGUACAUUUGAUAACAAUUCAUGGGGGUAAUCAGCUGAUGUUAAGAACUAUUCGUAUAGAAUAUUGGGUUCCCCGACUUAAAGUUAUAGUUUGCACUGUAAUUAAUCGCUGUAAGCGUUGUUUAUUGGACAGAAAACGUUCGUGUAGUCAGAUAAUGGCAGCAUUACCAUCAGAGCGAACUACUUUGGAUAGACCGUUUACCAACACCGGUGUUGAUUUUACAGGACCGUUUGAUAUGCGGAAUUUCAUUGGUAGAUCUUGUCAGAUAUCGAAGGCCUAUGUGUCUUCUCGAGAGAUCGAAAAGGAUUUUCUAACUUUUCUCAAAGAAAGUCAAGUACGCAUGAGCUCUGUGUUUGGAAUUCGAGGACUAUCGUGGCGCUUUAUACCAGCUGGUGCUCCUCAUAUGGGUGGCUUAUGGGAAGCUGCCGUGAAAAUUUUUAAACGACAUUUUCGUAAGGAAGCACAGAUGGUUAAAUAUACAUUUGAAGAGCUGUCUACCAUACUUGCACGAAUCGAGGCUUGUUUAAAUUCUCGUCCACUUUGUCCCCUAUCCGACAACCCAAGUGAGCCAGUUGCUCUUACGCCAGGACAUUUUCUGAUAGGUUCUCCUAUAAUUGCUCUGCCGGAACCAUCUAUUUAUGAAUCUCCAAUAGGUUUAGUCAAUAGAUAUCGUAAAGUUAAAGCUUUUACUCACGAAUUCUGUCGACGAUGGAAAGAAGAGUACUUAUCCAAUUUACACAAAAGAUAUAAAUGGAAAUCACCAGAGCGCGAUAUUUCAAUUGAUGAUUUGGUGGCAAUACGCAAUGAACAGAUGUCCCCGCCUUCUUGGAAGUUGGGACGUGUCGUUAGAACUUACCCAGGUAGUGAUAGUCAUGUUCGUGUCGCGGAUAUACGCACAGAAAACGGGGUUAUUAAACGACCAAUCACUAAACUAGUCGUUUUGACUAGUUAA